AUGAGCAAUGGAGGUGAAGAGAGUACAUCGGGAAGACCCAAAUCCGAUGAAUUUGGUCGCGCUGUAUCAAGAAUGGCAGUGGCGCAGAUAUGUGAGAGCGUCGGCUUUCAUGGGUUCAAGGAAUCUGCUUUGGAUUCUCUCAAUGAUAUCACAAUCCGAUACCUCUGUGACCUAGGCAAGACCGCAAGCUACUAUGCCAAUUUGUCAGGUAGAACCCAAUGUAAUUUCUUUGAUAUAGUUAGGAGUUUUGAAGAUGUAAUAGGAACUUCACAAGGGUUUUUAGGUGCGUCCAGUUCUGGUAAUUGUCUUGUUAAUUCUGGUACGAUUAAAGAAAUUAUUGACUUUGUGGGUUCUAAUGAUGAGAUUCCGUUUGUGCAACCGGUCCCGAGUUUUCCUGUUAUUAGGGAUAGAAAGUUAAUUCCUAGUUUUGAAAAAAUGAGUGAAGCGCCACCUGGGAAGCAUAUUCCGGCAUGGUUGCCAGCCUUGCCUGAUCCUCACACGUAUUUCCAUACACCUAUGUGGAAUGAGAGGGCUGUGGAUCCUCGUGCAGAAAAGAUUGAGCAAGCCAGACAAAGGAGAAAGGCAGAGAGGGCUUUGUUGAGUUUGCAGCAGAGGUUGUUGAGUAAUGCCUCAGCAGGGGCUUCAUCCUCGGGGGUUAGUAAUAAUGUGAAAGAUUUAGGAGUAGUUGAGAGUAAUCAGUUUCUUGCCAUGCCAUUGGAGUCUGGGAAGAAGGAUGUUUCUCCAGUUGUGUUGCCAGAUAAGCUAAAAAAUCAUUUUUCUGUGAUGGAGGCAUUUGCACCUGUUAUUGAAGCAGCAAAGGAAGGCGGGAUUUGUGAUGAUGGAGAUGUUGAGAGGAAGACACUACCUGAGAAGAGGCCUGCUGUGGCUUUUAAGUUUAAGACUGGGAAGAAGUUGUUAGGAGAGUCUUUGGAUCUGAGUCUUUCAAAGAAGGGUGAGGGGAGAACGGGGUAUUGGUUGGGGCGGGAUGAUGAGAGGGAUGACAAGAAGAGGAGAGCAGAGUAUAUACUUAGGCAGUCAAUGGAAAACCCACAAGAACUUACACAGCUGUAA